AAUCAAAUGUUAAUAACAUAAUUAUAAUCUAAUCACAGCAAGAAUAAUUUUUGUUAUAUCCUUUCGCUCUCUCCGUUCUUUCAACGCUUGAACAACAGUAAACUCCGAAUCAUGGCCCAAACGACUUCGUUUCUGCUACUCUUCCUCACUUCACUCACACUCACCGUCGCAGCAAACACCGCCUAUCCGACAAUCCCCGGCGCUGACAACAGUGAUUGCGCUGUAUCCGGGGAACUAAAGCCGGUCCGAAGAGAGAUUUACGGUGAAGGCCAAAUCUAUGACAUCAGCCACCGUUAUACGGAAGACAUGCCAUCCUGGGACAAGACGGAGGGGCUCGGGCAGUUCUUAUGGCUGCCUGCUAGCAUUAAGAACGGCUCUCUCGCUAACAACUCGGAGAUGAAGCUUCCGACGCACACUGGAACUCACGUGGAUGCGCCUGGUCACGUGUUCGAUCAUUAUUUUGAUGCCGGCUUCGACGUUGAUACUCUUGAUUUGCACGUAUUAAACGGGCCUGCGCUCUUAGUUGACGUGCCAAGAGAUAAGAACAUAACGGCUGUAGUAAUGGAGUCUUUACAUAUUCCGAGGGGAGUACGCCGUGUGCUUUUUAGAACGUUAAAUACAGACAGGAAGCUAAUGUUUAAAAAGGAGUUUGACACAAGCUAUGUUGGAUUUAUGAAGGAUGGAGCAAAAUGGUUGGUGGAAAACACUGACAUCAAGCUUGUUGGAAUUGAUUACUUGUCUGUUGCUGCCUAUGAUGAUCUACUUCCAUCUCAUUAUGUCUUCCUGGAGGGCAGGGAAAUCAUUCUCGUGGAAGGCCUUAAACUUGAUGGUGUGCCGGCAGGAAUUUAUUCUGUCCAUUGCUUACAUCUAAGGUUGCUUGGUGCAGAGGGAUCACCAAUCAGAUGCAUCCUCAUUAAAUGAUAAUCUUUUCCAGGAAGAAUGACAGGAUGAGGAGGCGUUGGAUGGAAUAAGUGGGUGUGAAAAAUGGUUGUGUAAUUGAGUGUAGAUCAUCUUUUUAAAUGGGGAAGUAGAGUUUCGAAUAUAAAUAUAUGUAGAUAGGUUUAUUAUAAUUAACUUACUAAACUUAUUUGACAUGCUCGUAGAUUGUUGUAGGUGGCUUUAAUUUGGUCACUAGUACAUUAACUAUUUAUUGGCCA